GGGGCCUCUAGUGGGGGUUGGUCAACCAAAGGUACCUAACUAUUCCAUUUGUGCUUUGUUUCUAAAAACGAAUUAACUAGGUUCUUACCUUGUUUCUUUUGCAGGUCUUGGCCCUAUUAUCUCCCAGAUUCCUGAACAAGCCGAGAGAUUACCUGAAUUGCUCAAGUUUCCUGUUGAGGAACGCACCUUCACAGCUCCUACCGAGGUCCUACCCUUAGAUUUCAGAGCAUCUUCUCGCACUAACUCGAUGUCGACAGCCCCAGCAAGAUCCAGUAAUUUAUCUGACGAGGAUGCAAUGGCCAGGCUUAAGAAUAGGAAGAGAUCAGCUGCUUCUUCUGGGCAGUCUCAGGUUGACAAAGUUCCUCGCAAGAACCUACGCUCAUCCUCCAUCCCAACCACCAUCGACAUCACGACCGACUCUCCUAGGGAUGAGGUCCUUGUGAGCUUUCCUGCUGACUUUCUAGCUGAAGAAGGUCUAGAAGGUGGGAUCUGGCCUGCAGCUGACAAGCUCGUAUUCCCAGCUGCACAAAAGAGGUUGAGGGGACAGGACCCUGAGGUCAUCCUGAACCAUGCUGUCCAGCUAUCCCUACAGCUUUCCCAAAGUUGCAUAGCUGCCAGGGACAGCUUGCGGACUGUUGCUACCCUUCAAGAUAAGGUGGCUCGUCUGCAAAAGGACAAUUGAGCCACCAAGCUAAGCUGGAGAGGGAGAAACAGUCCCGGCUGGAUGCUGAGAGCAAGCUAGCUGCUGAGCAAAAAUUAAUGGAGAAAGAGAGGCUGGAAAAAGAUGAGAAGAUAGCUGAGGCGGAGAAAGAAAAUGCACGCCUGGCUGCAGCUGUAAGAGAAGCUGAGGAGAGGGCUUUAGACAUCCAAGCUGAAGCAAAAAUUAUUGAAACUGCGAAGCUAGCUUUCCUGAUAAAGUUCAAGAAGCUAGAUGACAAGGUUGUCAAUUUCUACAUGACAGAUUCCUCAAGCUGGAUUCUAUGACCGCUCUAGAAGCUUUAGCUACAGGUGGCAAAACAAAUGAUUCGGAGAAAUCUACAGCUGAAUCUCCUCCUUCUCUCAACCAGCCAGAAGGUGCUGUUCUUGGUGAUAAGGACAAGGUUGCUGGCGAUGAUGCCAGCGUGAUCUCUUAAUUUCUUCAAUGCUUUCAUUAGUUUUUCUUUUGGAACAAUUUAGUUUUAACUAGCUUGGGUACUUUUACCAUUGCCUAUGGGGGCGAUGUGUUUUUGUAAGAACAUAUUUUCUUUCAGCAAUUUAACCGUUUG